GCAAUAUGAAAAUGGACACAUUUCCGAAUGAGAGAGCUCUCCUAGGCUACAUGCUUGCCAAAAUCCACAAGAUUGAUCCCGACGUCUUAGUGGGCCACGAUAUCUACGGAUUUGACCUGGACGUGAUGCUCCACAGAAUCAAUGCUAACAAGAUUCCUCACUGGUCAAAACUUGGGCGCCUCAAGAGAACAAAGAUGCCCAAGCUCUCUACUCAUGCUGGAGGGCGGGGGAUCACAGACAAGUACAUCACCUGUGGCCGUCUCUUGUGUGACGUCAAGAUCUCCUCCCGGGAGCUCAUCCGCAGUAGGAGCUACGAUCUCACAGAGCUUGCAAACGUUAUACUGAAACAGAAACGCAUGGAGCUUGACUAUGAACAAAUCAAACACAUGUACCAGUCUACAAAACAGCUUCUCCAGUUUGUUGAACUGACACUCGUUGACUCAACGUUAAUUUUGCGGAUCAUGUAUGAGCUGAACGUCCUACCUCUGGCCUUGCAGAUCACAAACAUAUGUGGAAAUGUGAUGACGAGGACAUUGAUGGGUGGGCGAUCAGAGAGGAAUGAAUAUCUAUUACUACAUGCUUUCACAGAGAAAAACUUCAUCGUUCCUGAUAAAGAAUAUAGGAAGAAAGCUGCAGCACCAGCAGAAGGUGAAGAUGGUGAAGAGAAGGCUCCAACAAAGGGACGAAGGAAACCUGCAUACGCAGGGGGUUUGGUACUGGAACCCAAACGAGGUAUAUCUAAAUAUUAACCUCAUUGACAUGAC